AUGGGAAAGUAUGAGCCAAUCUAUCGGGUUUGGCUUGCAAAACUACGGACGAGGUUGCAAGCAUCCCCCAAAAUCGACCCCUUGCUUCUCAGAAAGCUCAAUGACUUCGUGGCGGAGAUCAUCAUACUGGUAGACCCGUUACAGAAGCAAAUUGAUAUCCUGAAUGCAUGGUGGUCGCACAUGAGAUCUUACUACUCGGGGUUUGAUGGCCGAGCUCCAUCAAAUGCCAAUACCCUCAUGCAGGAAGCAAUCAAAGCUCGGCAGGUACAUUUAGACUCGGUGCAGAGGCUGUUGCAGCAAGGCAAAGAUACUCAAGCUCUAGUAUUCAAGAACUUUCUUGUUUGA